GGUGACAUCAGAAUCGCGUCCGCAGAAGAACAUAGUCGACGUGUUUUUGUGAAGUUUUUUUUCUUUUAAUUGGAAAAUACGUGGAGUUUUUUGGGAGAAAAGUACCAACUUGUUGAUUCAAGGUUAUUUUAUUUGGAGGAUUUUAAGACAACAAAACGAACGAAUAAACCAUGGGGUGGUUGGUGGUGAUGAUGUUUACAAUUACAUUUUUGCAUUGUACAUCAAUUUCAUUCUGCACGCCGUUAAAAACAUUUCCAGAACAAAUCCCCGAUGAAAACAGCAACUUGGAAAAUACUGAAUUGUUACAUCAAGGUGAAAAUGAAAAUUUAAAUGAACUGGGGAAAUAUUUAGUGUAUAUCUUAGCAAAUCCUUGGCCAAGAACUGGAUUGCCGCUACUUUACGUGGAAGAUUAUGACGACAAUUACUCGGAUUAUAACGAAAAUUUGCCGGAAAUGCAAGAAAUUUUAAAAGAAAUAAACGAUGAUAAUCGAGAGGAAGUUGCAAGACCCGUUCCUUUUAAAAGAUCGAGAUAUUACAGAAAAUAUCCAUGGAAAAGACAAAAUUCCAGACAAGCAUAUGAAGCUGAAAACAGAUAUUUAUGUCAACCUAGUAAGGAUGACGUAUUUCGUUUAUUGGUGGCACUUCACGAGGCGAAACAAGGCAACAAAGGAAGAACGAUCAACUUUUGUAAUAGAAAGAGACCUGCUUCAGCAAUAUUCACAAACAUCCGGUUUCUAGGGAAAUAAGACAACCCCACAAGAUAAUUGUAUUUGACUGAAAUAUCACACAAAAAUUAAUAUCAACGGAGAAAUAACCGAAUCAG